UUUCAGAGAAUCACACCACCUGAUCGUGUAAAAAACACCAUCGACACAGUCGUACACUCUCAGAAAAUUGAUGAAAAGCUUCUCUUCUCCGUUUAUUAUACAAUCCUGAAAUUCGAAUCCCUAAAACCAAUCGUUUCAACAAGGAAAGAAUAAAGAUGAGCGAAAAUCAGGGGCCGAUAUCGUUCUUCAAAAAUCACUGGCAGGGUUACAAGGAAUUUUGGGGCGAGAGAUUUUCAUUUCUGGAUAAUUAUUCCAAAAUUAUUUACUCAGAGAAGCCUUUGCCCCAUUGGGAUAGCUCCGUCGUUGAAGAGUUCAUCGCAUCUGAUCCCGUCCACGGACCCACUCUGAAGACUGCAAGGGAAGCAGCACAGUUCGGUAUGGUAGGUGCUGCUGUUGGAGCAAUUACAACUGCUGGAUAUGCUUGGAAGUGGUCAAAGAGCCCUCAUGGUGCUGCACUUUCGUUUGCUUUCGGAGCAGCAGUAGGUGGAACUUUUGGAAUUGAAGUGGCUAACCACUGGUAUCAGUUAUAUAGGCUCGACACAAUGGCUUCACAGGUUAAAUUCUUCGAGUGGCUGCAGAAGAGAGCUUGAGGAGAAAUUCUCAAUUUUUCGGUAAUUUGACAAUAAUAAUAGUUUAAUUGUGUUUGUGUGACGGAUUGUACUUCACUUCGUUAUCUUUUUUUCUUUCUUUUCUUUACUUCGGUUUGGAUUUACCGGUGGUUUUUCGAGUUGAAGCUUUUUUGUUAUGAAUAAAGAUAAAAGACCAAAUUCUUCAGAAAAUUGUAUCAUGCUGGAAUUAUUUACAAAUAGUUGAAAGGCAUAUGUUACUC